UAUAUAAGCAGUCAAGUUCCGGAAUAAUUGUUCAUUUCACAUCAGUCAACAAUAGUUGAACCAAAAGUGAUAAGUUUGUGUUGCACCGGCCCAGUAUGUUAGAAAAGCUCUUAUUCCUGGCUCUCGUGGCUUCGGUCAUGGGUAGGCCAGAUGUCAGUAGAUCUUUGUACAAACCAUCAGAUCUCUGCCCGCCACGUCAUGAGCAUCACCUUAUUCAUCACGAAUAUGAUUGUAAGAAGUUCUACCACUGUAAGUUUGGAAUGAAAGAAAUAUACCCGAAAGAUUGCGCUCCCGGCACUGAAUUUGCAUAUGAAUUGCAGAUUUGUCACUAUCCGCAUAUUGCGCAAUGUAAAUUGUCUGGAGCACAUAAUGACAGACCUAAGACAGAAACAUGGGAACAAAGUAACGUAGAUAUCUCAGCUACAAAUGUUUCUACGAUAGUGCCACCUUCGACGAAUGUCUCUACGGUAUUACCUCCUGCUACAAAUAUUUCUACCGUAGUACCUCCUGCUAUAAAUAAUUCUACACUAGAGCCCCCCUCUACAAACAUUUCUACAGUAUGGCCACCGUCCACAAAUAACACUACAGUAUGGCCACCGUCCACAAAUAACACCACAGUAUGGCCACCGUCCACAAAUAACACUACAGUAUGGCCACCGUCCACAAAUAACACUACAGUAUGGCCACCGUCCACAAAUAAUACUACAGUAUGGCCACCUAUGGCCACCGUCCACAAAUAA